UUUUCAAUCCCAAACUGCUGCUAUUUGAUCCGCCGGGGGUGGCAGGAGGGGGUAUUUUUAGCCGUGCUUAGAGCUGUCUGGGUGGAUAAGGGAGAGCGCGCAGGUUGCCGCGGCCAGGCGGAGCGGGACGGGAUUUGUGUCCCCCCCCCCCUUCUUCUCUUCUCCUCCUCAUCUUUGCCCAUUUGCUGGCUGCGAGCAGGGCUGGCUCCCUCGCCGGCUGCCUCCCUUAGGUCGCCUUUGUGUGUGUGUUUUUUUUCCUUUUUUUUUUUUUCUUUUUUUUUUUCCUUCCCCUUGUAUUCUUCUCUUGUGCAACAGGGGGGCGAGGCUGGCCUCCGCUUCUCCUCCUCGGCAUUUCAGCCCUGCCAACGAGCACCCUAGCCUGGAGUGGGAGCCCAUGAAGUUGCCGUGGGUCUCCAGGGCAUCGCUGCCCUCGGGGGGCUCGGAGACCCCCGGGAGCCUCGCUCCGCGUUGAGCCACCCGUGGCUACAUCCCUCCACCGGCCCGGGACGCCCAUGGCAGUGCCGAGAUGUUCAUGUCCCGAGUCCUGGACUUCCAGAAGACGCGUUACGCCAGGUUCAUGAAUCACCGCGUCCCCUCCAACCGCAGGUACCAGCCGACGGAGUACGAGCACGCAGCCAACUGUGCCACCCACGCCUUCUGGAUCCUGCCCAGCAUCCUCGGCAGCUCCAUCCUCUACAUCCUCUCCGACGACCAGUGGGAGACCAUCUCGGCCUGGAUCUAUGGCUUUGGCUUGUCCAGCCUCUUCAUCGUCUCCACCAUCUUCCACACCAUCUCCUGGAAGAAGAGGCACCUCAGGACCGUGGAGCACUGCUUGCACAUGUUCGACAGGAUGGUGAUCUACUUCUUCAUCGCCGCCUCCUACGCUCCCUGGCUGAACCUGCGGGAGCUGGGGCCCUGGGCCUCCCACAUGCGCUGGAUCAUCUGGAUCAUGGCAUCAGUCGGCACCGUCUACGUCUUCUUCUUCCAUGAGCGGUACAAGCUGGUGGAGCUGGUGUGCUACGUUAUCAUGGGCUUCUUCCCCGCCGUGGUCAUCCUCUCCAUGCCCAACAGGGACGGCCUCCCGGAGCUGGUGGCCGGCGGGCUCUCCUACUGCCUGGGCAUGGUCUUCUUCAAAAGCGACGGCCGCAUCCCCUUUGCCCACGCCAUCUGGCACCUCUUCGUGGCCAUCGGGGCCGGCAUCCACUACUAUGCCAUCUGGAGGUACCUCUACCGGCCCAGCACGCUGGAGGCCAAAAGGCCCCGAUAGGUGCCUUAAGGACACUGCUCGCCUCAGCGGGGACAUGGGGACAUGGAAAAGGGGACGGGGAAGGGCUGUGGGCUCGCCCCCACUGUCCCCGUGGGUACAGACAGAAGAGCCUGAAGGUUGAUUUUAAACAGAUUUUUUUUUUUUUAACCUUG